GGCUUCAAGAUAAAGAGGUCCCCUGGAAGAAGGACCUUCAGCUCUUUGACUGUUGGAAAGAAGGCAAAACAGGGGUUCCUUUUGUCGAUGCCAACAUGCGAGAGCUGGCCGCAACGGGCUUCAUGUCUAACAGAGGGCGGCAGAACGUUGCCAGCUUUCUCACCAAGGACCUGGGUCUCGACUGGAGAAUGGGGGCAGAAUGGUUUGAAUACCUGCUGGUGGACUACGACGUUUGUAGCAAUUACGGGAACUGGUUAUACAGCGCUGGUAUCGGCAACGAUCCAAGGGACAACAGGAAGUUUAACAUGAUCAAACAAGGCCUGGAUUAUGAUGGCAAUGGGGAUUACGUCCGGCUGUGGGUGCCAGAACUACAGGGCAUAAAGGGAGGAGAUAUCCAUGCACCUUGGGUACUGAGCAGCACCUCUCUCUCUCAAGCGGGAAUAACUCUAGGCGAGACCUACCCACUACCAGUUGUGACAGCCCCGGAGUGGAGCAGACAUAUCAGCCAGAAGCCUCAGGGAAGAGGCCACCAUCCCAAGGGGAGGAAAGGUCCUGCACACACACCAACACAGCACAAGGACAGAGGGAUAGAUUUUUACUUUUCUCGCAAGAAAGAUAUAUGAGGAUGGCAGUCCAUGUGCUUGCUGGAGAAGAGCUCAAUGGCUGAUGAAGACACCAAGAUAAUGGUUAAUCUCCUCGAGCUACACCUAUGCAAGGAGUCUGGCCACAAUACAUAGGAACCUGCCUCAUAAAUGUUUCCAGGAACAUCAGCUGGGCGUAGAUAUUGGGAAGAUCUGUGUUAGCACUGAUCUUGAUAUGUUACCCAGUUUUCCCUUCAGCACUUAAAUUGCUGCUGUGAGCUCUUAGACAGCUAGCGGGUUGCACUCCAGAAGUGGCUGAGGGUCUGGCGUCAGUGCUGAGGGUCUGAUUCCCAAAUAUAGUAUAUCACUCUCAAGUCUGUAAAAUGCUUUGGCUGAAAGGGGCUGUAUAACUAUUAUUAACGAAAAUGGCGUGGUCUUUCUGUUGUGAGGUGGUGAGGCUGCUCUUCCAGUGCCUUUUGCUUUGCGGUGCUGUUUACAGCUAUUAAAGCUAGGUUUCUACCUCUCGUAACAAACUGGGGAAGAUGGUUUAUUGGAAGAGUUUUCACGUGGAAAUAUUUGUACUGAAUGUUCUUACGCUCAAUUUUUUCAUGUUGUAAAGCACUGAAGACACUGACCAUUCUGCAGUUAAGUUUUGCUACUGGAAUAUUUUAUCUUCCUCAUUUCCACUCAUGCAACAGAGAUCCAUAGACAGUGUGAGACUUCAGAGGAUGUUUUGGCAUUGUCUUCUAUGGUACUUCGGGAAAACCUGAAAGUUUUGCUUGGAAACUGUUCUGGAGGCAUUGUAGCACCUGGACUGUUUGUGAUACUAGCCUGGAAGAUGGAAAUUGUUCAACACAUAGCCGAGAACCAUACUCAGCACCAGCAACUAGUCUGAAACAGUUCUGCAGCCAUUUUAGGUGUUCUGUUUUUUACGGAAAAAUGUAUUGCUGCAAGAGUUUGUGAAUUUAGAGAUAUCCGUCUUUGACUGUGCUGUAGUGGAACACUGCUAUGAAAUGGAGAGCCCAGAUUUGAACCGCUGAAUCCUAGAAGCAGACCCCUCGCAGUGGAAAGGGCAUGGACAGGGCAUUUAUUACCACUAGGGAUCCCUUUGGGCCUCUUUGGUAAAGAACAAUAGCAUAAUUCUCUUUUAAAUCUCUUGUAACGUGAACUUAGAGGCUGGAUCCAUGGAUUAAGAAAAAGAACCAACGUGGAUCAUCACAACGUUGUGGAUCACAACGGCGGGCACUUCUGUCAACGUGAGACAAACCGUGGUUUUGAGCGUUCCCCGUGACGGUCCCACCGCGUGUCGGCUAACGGGAUCUGAUGAGGAGAUGGGGGGGCUCCUGACGAUGGAGGAGGUUCGGCUUUUAGGGCGGCUGCUUAA